GAAAAAUAUUUGAAUCUUUUUAACUAGUAUAUAAAGUCAUACCUAUCUUUCAUACCUUUCUCUCCCCCGCCCUCUUUCCAUUUUCCAAAAUCUCUCUAUCUCUCUCCCUCUUUAUGGAAAGAGUUUUGAAAAGGCUUGCGAUCAUACAUUAUUUAUUAUUCCUAAUUUCCCUCUCUUUUUCUGGUUUUGGCUGUAUUUCCGGAGGGGGAGGAGUGGGCUCACUUGGCAUCAACUAUGGCCAAAUUGGCAACAAUUUACUACCGCCGGAAAAUGUCGUCGAGCUCUUAAAAUCUCUCAAAAUCAUGAAAGCAAGAAUUUACGACACCAACCCUCAAAUCCUAAAUGCAUUUGCAAACUCGGGUGUCGAACUCAUUGUGACAGUUGAAAAUCAGAUGCUAGCCACCUUAAUGGAUCCUCAACAAGCCUUAUUAUGGGUCAAUUCCCACAUUAGACCUUAUUUUCCAUCAACUAACAUAACUGGGAUUGCAGUAGGAAACGAGGUCUUCACUGGGGAUGGAACUUCGUCCCAAAUUCUCACAUACUUAGUUCCGGCGAUGGUCAACAUUCAUGCAGCUCUAGUCCAACUCAGUCUCAGCCAAUACAUCAGCGUGUCAACCCCCAGUUCCCUGGCGGUGCUGGAGGAGUCCUAUCCACCCUCGGCCGGUUGUUUUAGAAAAGAGCUAGCCGCGAUCAUGCCUCAGAUCCUCCGUUUCUUGAACAACACAAAUUCCCCGUUUUGGAUCAAUGCAUACCCAUAUUUUGCAUACAAAGAUAACCCAUCUCAGAUUUCUAUAGACUAUGUGUUGUUUAAUGUCCCGAAUCAAGGAAUGGUAGAUCCAUACACAAAGUUGCAUUAUAACAACAUGUUGUACGCUCAAGUUGAUGCUGUCGUGUUUGCUCUAGCUAAAAUGGGAUUUGGAGACAUUAAAGUUGGGGUUUCAGAGACAGGCUGGCCGUCCAUGGGGGACCCGAAUGAGGUGGGUGCUACACUUGAGAAUGCGGCAAUGUAUAACCGCAACUUAUUAAGGAGGCAAAUGGCCGAUGAGGGUACACCAUUGAGGCCAAACGUGACACUAGAUGUUUACUUGUUUGCACUUUUUAAUGAGGAUUUGAAGCCCGGACCAGACUCCGAGAGGAACUAUGGCCUUUUUAAGCCAGACGGAACCAUGUCCUACAAUGUUGGUCUAACUAAUUCGAUGUCAUCAUCAGAGAUAAGAACAUAAUCAUUCAAUUCAAACAUAAAUCAUACUAUUAUAAUGGAAGUGUAAAUUAUUUAAAUAUCAGAUUCCUAUGAUGUAUCACUACUUCCCACAUUAUACAUUUUAUCUACUUUUUUUAGAAUAUUAAGUU